UUCAUUAUCAAUAUGAUGUACAUUUCCUUUAAAUAGACUUUGAAUCUAAUGAUAUUACUAGACUGAUAUAUUCACAAUUAUUCCUUUCGUCUGUUGCAGAAAAAUCUCUUUGAGUUCAAACGACAUCCUACAGACAUCUUCAAGUCACCAAUAAAUUUCAGGGACACUGCAUCAACAGCGUCCAAAAAUACAAAAGGGACAGCUGAAUUUUUCAAUAAAGUUUUUCAUUCGCAGGGUCUUAGUUAUUUAUUUUUAUUCGUAAUUUUCGAAGCAGAAUAUUGA